AUGUCUAACCUUCCAAUUGCUGUCCACUUUGGUGGUGGUAACAUCGGUCGAGGCUUCAUUGCCGAGCUGCUCCACGAGUCAGGCUUCGAGGUGAUCUUCUGCGAUGUUGUUGACGCCCUAGUCAACAAGAUCAACGAGACCCCAGAGUACAAGAUCACAGAAGUCGGUGCUGAGGGCACUAAAACCAAGAUCAUCAAGAACUAUCGUGCCAUCAACACCAAGUAUAACUUGGAUGAUGCCAUCGAUGCCAUCUCGAAAGCCACCAUUGUCACUUGUGCUGUUGGCCCGAGAGUCCUUCAGUUCAUUGCCAAGCCAAUCUCUGAGGGCAUCAUCAAGCGCGAGUCCAAGACUCCUCUCGCAGUCAUUGCCUGCGAGAACAUGAUUAAUGCCACUGAUGCUCUCCGUGAGCACAUCCUCGAGAAGACCGCUGAGGAGCACAAGGACAAGAUCACCUCCAAGGCUGAGUACGGCAACUCAGCUAUUGAUCGCAUCGUCCCAACCCAGCCUACCGAUGCUGGUCUCGAUGUCCUCAUUGAGAAGUUCUAUGAGUGGUGCGUCGAGGACACCGGCUUCAAGAAUGGUCCCCCUAAGGUCAAUGGCAUCCACUGGGUUCAUGACCUCGAGCCCUACAUUGAGCGCAAGCUCUUCACCGUCAACACUUCCCACGCCACCGCCGCAUACUUCGCUUACAACAAGGGCAUCAAGACCAUCGAUCAAGCCAUGGCCGACAAGGAAAUCAAGGCUGAGGUCACUGAGGCUUUGAAGGAGACCGCCCACCUAGUCGUCAAGAAGCACGGCAUCUCUGCUGAGGAGCAACAGAAGUACGUCGACACCAUCGUCGACCGCAUCUCCAACCCUUCUCUCGAGGAUGUUCCAGCUCGUGUCGGUCGUGCUCCCCUACGCAAGCUCGGCCGCAAGGAGCGCUUCAUCGGGCCUGCUGCUCAGCUCGAGGAGCAAGGAUACGAUGUCACUGCUCUUAUGCGUGGUGUAGAGAUGGCCCUCCGCUUCCAGAACGUCGAAGGUGACGACGAGUCCGUUGAGCUUGCCAAGAUCCUGAAGGAGAAGUCGGCCGAAGAGGCUACUACCGAACUGACAGGCCUGGAUUCGAAGCACCCUCUCUUCCCCAAAGUUCUCGAGCGCGUCAAGAAGGUGCAGUCCGAGGCUUGA